AUGCCACCAAUAUGGACAAAGUCUGAUUUUCUUGAAUUAGCUAUUGGUGAAAAUUGGGGAGUACCGUCAGAUAUAUUAGGAUGCAGUGGAGGAUCAUGGUAUAGUAUUAGUAAUAGUGCAAAAUUUUAUCUCAGAGUUCUUGAAAAAUUACAGAAUGAGUAUUUUUCAAUGCGUAAUAACUCUGGAAUAUCAGAUUUGGAGAAUUUAAGAUUAUGUUUAAAUAGGAUUAGAAACUCUGUCAGUUAUAUAUCAGAGGAAUUUCCGUGGUCAAGGCUUAAGUAUAUUUAUGAAAAAGCAGUUCUAAGGAAAUCCAGUCUGGAUUUUAAAGAAUUACAUAGGUUUAUUGUGGAUACACUUUCAAAAGUUAAGAAUCUUGAAAAUGAUCAUUCUAUAGUACUUCCAGGAAUUGUUUGUUUGGAUGAUUUAAAGAAACCCAUAUUUUUACUUUAUGUUGUAUCUAGAAAUGAUUGUCAGCAUUCUACAGGAUUUGAAAAUUUUAAAACAGGGACUAGUUUUGGUCAGAAUAUUGUAAGAUACUCAUUUUCUGUCAUAAAUGUCUCAGGAUUUGGUACCGAAUAUCAUUUAUUUGGAAGUUCUUUAAUGAGUAAUAAUCCAACAUCUCUUAUGAGAGAUUCUGUAUUUUUGAUUACAGAUAUUCAUACUGAAAGAUUACUUCAUUCUGCAUUUUGGAUUAGCUUAUAUAGAUUAUCUUUUGUUCCUUCAAAGAACAAUAUACACUAUCUUUAUACUGUUUUACUCCCUUUUUUGAAUGAAAAGAAUCUUUAUGAUAAUUGGGUGAGAGAAGAUCACAAAUUUUCUAAAAACCUAGGAAUAGGUAAUAUUUGGAUACCAAAUCCAAAAAGAAAAGAUUUUGGAUCUAGUAGUAGAUUAGUACAGUCAGCUCUUCAGCUUCUUUUUCAAACUUAUUCCAUUUCAAUUUUCAAAGGAAUUAAACCAGAACAAAAAGCCAAUCAGUUCCAGUUGUUCUUAAAUUGGUCUGUUCUUAAACUUAUGGAAGAAGAUUUUAAUCAUUGCAUUCAGAAUUCAGAUUCACUUUCUUUUGUUAAUGCUUCCACUAUUAUCUCUGCAUUUAUAAAGGUUUUUGCUUGUGAGAUUUCAAACUAUUCUUUUGGUCUUUCUAUUUCAGACAUUAAACCAAUUCAUAUUCAAAAAGAAAAUGAACAAGAAAAAACUACAGUUUUAGAUUUUUCUUUAUUAGAAAGAAGAGAAUCUUUGGUUUUAUCUUCAAAUAAUGCCUCUAUCCCUUUCCGUGAAUGGUAUGAACAUUUAAGCCAUUUUAAAACAAACUUUGAAAAGAUGUUCCCUUCUAGUUUGUUUGGGUUUGGAAUUGGUUCAUGUACUUUAUCUCCAAAUAUUGCAUCUUAUCCAAUCACUAGAAUUGGCUUACAUUCUACUUUUGGAAAUUUUGGACAGUUUAGACUUGAUGGGCCUAAUAUAAUGAUGUUGGCAGGAGAAUCUACUGAACCUAGUGUUGAUAUACCUAUAGAAUUGGAUUCUAUAGAUAGAAGAAUCACCUGUAUUGAGGAUGUUAUUAAUGUAUUAGAAACCUGUAUAUCAGCAUGUGUACUACUUACAACCCAAUCGGAGACUACUAAAAAUAGUCAUUUACUCAAAUUCAAAUUAAUUCAGCAUGUAUUUCAAGAUCUUAUUCCGAUACCUCUCCCUUGGACACAUCCUCAAAAGAAAGAGAGAUGUUUCUGGAGUUUUGAACAGUCUAAACUUUUAAGAUCUCAACAGGUUAGACUUUUGGAAUUACUUUGUUCAUCAAUGAGACAUUUUUUAGCCAGCUCAUUUUCUAUUGGAUUUAAUCAUAAAAUCCCUCAAUUUGAUAGACUUAUAAUAGCUGGUGCAAUUUCAUGUAUUGCUGAUAAUAUUGCAAGAUGUUUUUCUUCUGAUUAUAGAUCUCCAUUAUCAGUACAUCUUACUGGUAGGCACCAAGGUCCAAAGAAUUGGUUUUAUGUGGAUCUUCUUAAUUUUCAAGAGAUCACAGAUUUUGGUAUAUAUACAGAUCCAAGUACCGUAACAAUAAGAUCUAUGGUACUUGAUUAUUUUUAUUCUACACAUUAUUAUAAUUCAGAUGAAGCUUUAAAAUUGAUUCCAAUAUUUUCAUUUGAAGAUAAGCCUGGAAAUUUGGAUGAAGGGACUAUAGAACUUUUAAUGCAAAUUUCUACAGAAUUUGGAUUUCCUCAUCAUUUAUCUUUAACAAAAGAAGAUCAAAGAAAAAUGAAGACUUUUUCAAUUCCAUUGUUUUUUACAGGGGAGAGUAAAGAAAUGAUGGAUAUUGUUCCAGAAUUUUACAGUCUUCGAGAUAUCUUCUUUUACUUAAAGUUUGUGAUUACGUUAAGUCCUGAGAAUUAUCCAGAAAUUUCGAGUUGGAAUCCAGCAAAUUCUUUUCUUAAUUGGAGUUACAAUUCUAACAAAGAUUGUUAUCAUGUUAGAGGUUUUGAGAAGAGUUUGGAAUGCAUUUAUAUUCCUACAAAAGCUUUAGAUACAAAACAACAUAAAGGACUUUGGUCCUCUUUUACUGGUUGGCUCACAAAUUCUGGAGAUAAGAAUUAUUUCAAGAAUUUCUCCAAAUUAGCUGACCCCAGUACAAUAAUUAAUACCUUUGAUUCUCUUAGAAAUACUCCAAGUGAAUCUCUUACUGCAUUAAAUUACGGUUCUUUAUCUUCAAAUUCUUGCUCAUUUUCAAAUCAAAAUCAAGUGUUAGUCUCAGGAUCAAAUUCAGGUAUAGGCUCAGGAUCAGGAUCAGGGUCAGGACCGGUAUCGGGAUCAGGAUCAGGAGGUUCUGAAAAUUCAAGUUCUUCUGCCCAUGGUUCAUCCGGAUCUUCAGUUUCAAUAAGUGACGAGAGUGACAUACUUUAUCUAAAGAACCUUCCAGGACUUAGUGAUCAGUUACUACCAAGUGAGAUAGAGCGGAUUUUUCAGUAUUUAACUACACCUUAUCUUAGGAUACCCCUUCUUCUUCAGUUCUUUUCAGAUGAAAACAGGAUCAAUUCACUUUCGUCGAUAUCAGUUCAGCAUAUUAUUUGGAUAUCAAUUUUAGAGCCUUGGCAGUGGUCUCCUCCUUCAAAUGAUUCUAAAAGAGGAGAUUCUCAGACUAAUUCUUCUCUUUUAGUACCGGUAGAAGAUGUUAAAGAAAUUUCAACAUCUUCAGGUCUUUUAUUUAACGAACUUUUGAGAUCUCCUUCAACUAUUUUUAAAGCUUUAGAGGAGUUAAUGUUGAUGGCUUUAGACAAAGAUACAGGAUCAUUUUCUGGAGCAAACUCAAAGAUUAUUUUAUUUGUACUUAGGAUUUCAAUAGUGAUCUCAAAUUAUACCAAGUACUUAAUUAGAUAUCACGACAAUUGGAAAAAUAUGGGAUUAGGAAAAAUCUUACUAUUAAAUGGUGAUCAAGAUUCUAUGUUUUCUCAUCAUGAAAAGAACUUUGAGAUAGAUUCUAUGGUUGGGUCUUUAAUUAAUGGAGUAUUUAGAGAAUUUGAGGUUCUUUUUAAGGAUGAAAAGCUUAUUAACUUACUAAAGCUUUCGUAUACAAGGUUGAGAUAUUUGAUUGAGAAUCUUUACUUAAAGAUGAUUAUUGACUGGAUGAGAAAAGCUUUAAAAGAGCUGAAUAUUUCUGCUUUAUGUGUUUUAUAUGCUCACAUUGCAAGUAUCUAUGGCCAAGUUUUUACAGUCCAUGAUUUGGAUAUUCAUUCAGUAACACUUUUACUUUCUUCUUUAGUCUUUCUUACAACUCAUUACUCUGUAGAGGAAGGUACCAAAACUGGUAAGAAGUUUUCUUCUUCCUCCAAUUCUUCUUCCUCAACUUCUUCUUCUUCUUCUUCUUCUUCCUCCUCCUCCUCUGCUUCAUCUUUUUCUUCAUCUUCCUCAUUAUCUUCAUCAAUUCAUCAGUCUGAGAAGAAAUUUUCAAGCCUAUUUAUAGGUAGUCCUUGGGGUUAUACAUUGAAUAAUGUAUUAGGGGUACCAGAUCUGGAUAUAUUUUCAAUCCAAGCUAGAUCAAGAAGUAUUAUAGUAAAAUGGCUCUCAAAUCAUGUAAAAGAGGCCAAUUUAGUGUUGGAUACUGUAGUAAAUGCAGUGGCCAUGAAAGGAAUUGGCGAGAUAGAUUACAAUUUGGAUCUUGAUAAGUAUUUUGAGAAUUGUAAUGGAAAAGGACUAGGCCCAUCUAUAAGAGAAUGGAUUCAACUUCCAAGUAUAAGUGGUAGUGGUAGAUUUGUUCCAUUAAGUGAGAUUCCUUCAGACUUAUAUGAUUGGUUGAGUUGUGAUGAUAUUGACUCUGUUAAGAAUAAGAUCAAUUCAAGACUUGGAUCUAAAAAUUCAAAUUCUAACAGAUCAUCUUAUAGAUCUCUUAGCUGGUGGCGUCUAAAAAAGAAAUUUUCAAGAGCUUUACAAACAAAGAAUCAGAGAAAGGGAGAAAUCCGCUCAGAUGAUACACAGAAAGAAACUUCUAAUUCCAUUAUGGACGGAUUGGGAGGAUUAGGAGGUAUUUCUUCUCAAAAUAGAUACUUGAGUACAAGAUUGGAAUACAAUGAGUGGUUUAAAACAGUUCUUUCAAUUAAUACAGAGACGGAAAUUAAUGUCCAGUUCUCGCUAUUUUCUCUUAAAAAUAAUAACUUAAGGGUUCUUGGAAAUUGGAUCCAUGAAUUUGAGGAUUUUAAAGAUGUGAUUAGGGAAUCUGAUGAUUUCCAAGAGGAAGAAAGUUUCUCUAUGGCUGGAUUAGGAAACCAGUUUCAAUCAGCAGAUAUAGCAAAUACUCAAAAUCUUUAUUGGUGUAAACUAAUAGGUAGUAGGAUGGAUUUGUACAAGUGGGAAGCCUUUCAUAAGACAAAUCAGGUUACCUUUAAGACAAGGUAUAGUAGGAACAGCCUUCCAAAGGGUACCGAAUGGAUUAUUGACAUUUUUGAACCUUGGAGAGCCAUUUUUCUGGAAGGAGUAUCUACAAUUUAUAUUGAUGAUGGAAAUUCUGAUUCAAAUAAUUCCAAUGGGAUCUUUGGAUCUUUUAGUUCUAAGGAUCAGGUUGGUGUUAGUGUGAAGAAUAAUAUUUACAAGCCUCCAGAUCUUUCAAAUGUUGUGAGAAUGCAAUUUUUGUAUCCUUUGUAUGAGCCUGGAGAGGGUCCAGAAUCUCCAAACCAAAAAAUAGGCAGAUCGGUAGUUUCCAGCUCUGAAUUUGAGAGCGAGGAGAACAUUCCUUCCCAGAGUCCCGAGAUUGUGACUCACUCUCUUAAAGAAAUAGUUAUUCAGAGAUUCCCUCCCGUGAUUUUGGUCUUCGAUAUCGUUGAACAGGGUAGGCUCUACUAUAAGCAGCUUUGCCACACCUCAAACAUAUCCUAUAGUCUUGGAUCCUUGAGUAAUAGUAAGUUUAUUACUCCACUUCUCUCAACCAGGGACUUUUAUUGUGACAGGGGUGGCACUAUCUCUGUAGGUUCUACAGUAGCAGGGCUCUCAGGGGGAACAGGAGCAGUGGGAGUAGGAAUGGGAGCAGGAACAGCAGGAUUAGGAGGAACAGGAGCCGGGGGAACAGGAGUCUUCUCUAAACUAGACUCAAACAUGGAUGGAAAGUUUGCACUGGCUUCUGGAAUGCCUUUAAGCAGAGGGAGAAAGCCAAGUAGAUCUUUGGUGAUCAUGAGAGAUUACCACAAAGAGCCAGUUGGUACUGAAAUGUAUGUACCUCCAAGGUUUCUAUUGGGGUUGAUUCCGCAAGUAUUCCUUGAAACUCACGAAUUUUGGCAAAGCCAAAAUACGGGAAAUAUUAGAGGGUACCCAAGAAAAUCCUUAAGAUCUUCUAAGGCUGAAAGAAAAGGUACUACUUCAAAGGAAGGAUUGAGUGCCCAAAAAGAUCUAAAAACAAGACAGGAACUAGACAAAGAUAAGUUUGAAAUUCAGUCUAAAUAUCAAGAUCAGAACUUUAGGGAUGAAUACAAGAUGCACGAGGAGGAUCUUUAUUUACUGGACAUUUUUAUCUUUUCUUGCUCAAAUCCAGCUCAAAGAUAUGGAUUAAUAGGAGAUGGAAUUUCUUUAAUACAGAGAAGAUAUAUUAAAAAUCCAAAUAAUGUACAGACCUUAAUCAAUCUUCAAACUCUAUAUGGGGCUUCAGGAGAGCUGCAUUCUUUGUUCAAUACUUUACAGAGAUUAGAUGAUGUAUCCCACACUCUUUUGUGGUCUAAUGAUAAUCCCAUAGAUACUAAAGGAGUUAUCCCUAGAGAGAAUCUUUCUUUUGAAUUAAAAUUAGACCAUAUUGAGUUUCCAAGACUACAUUUGAGCUUUGUGAGAAGAGAAAGGGAUAGAUCCAACACGCUUUUAACUAUGCCAACCAAUGUGAGCUCUGGAUUCUGCUCAGGACAAGUAAGAUAUGUAUGUGAACAGCACAGUGGACUUUAUUUAAGUUGGAGAAAUAUAUUUGACUAUCCUCUAACAUGUGAGUUGCUUAGAGGACUUCCUCACUCAAUUCUUUUAGAAAAUGAUGAUGGAGACUUCUUCAUUUUGGCUCCUGCUACUGCAAAACCUGUAUUAAUUCCUCCUAUUGGGAAAACAGCAGGAGCAGGAAAGGAUAAUAACUAUAGUUCAUCAACCCAGACUAAAGAACAAAAUGUAAUUGAACGCUUAUCAUCAUCAGUGGGUAACACUGAAGGCUUAUCUUCUUUAAUUACUAGUACAAGCAUUUUGAGUGAAAACAUUGAAAGUAUUACAGCUGCUCCUGGCCAAUAUAUAGUUUCAAUGGCUUCUGCUGCAUCUCAGACUCUAUUUCAUACAGCAGUCUCAGCUUUAGCAAACGCUACAAAAAGUGUAAUAGAUGGAACAAUUAUUAAAGCCGGAGAGAUCAUUGGAGGAGGAGUAAUGGUUGGAGGAGGAAAGGGAGUAGGAGGAGCAGGAGAAAUAAGUGGAGGGAUGGACGGAGGAGUUAACCGGGUUUCUUCGUUACUAUAUAGAGGUACUUACAUUUUAGACAGAGGGGACAAAGUUUGGAUCUCAAAAUUAGGCCCAACUAAGCAUCAUUUAUAUCCAGUACAUACCUCGAAAUCUUUUAUAUUUAUAAACUCAGUAGUUUCUGGCCUUUAUUUGAUGCUUUGGAGGUUUCUGGAACAACAGUUUGAGUCAGUACUUUCUGUAUUGGAUAUUGCAACAAGUAGUGAUAUGGAAAGCUCAGUUUCUAUGGAAGAUGAAUGGAAUUCAGAAGAGAAGCAACUUUGGCAGGUAUUUAAUAGCCUUGAUCACGCUUGGGAUUGCCAUCCUGAUGCACAUGCAUGCAGACUUAAGAUGUGGCUCUAUUGUUUAAGACAUCUCUCAAAUUCAUCAUUUUCAAAUACUAAAACUAAAUACUUAUCGUCUUCUUUAAAAUCAGAUGCAUUCUUAUGUACUUGGGAUCUUUAUCCUGAUAUUGAAGGAUAUGUGACAAAACUUGGGAAUAUCUCAGCAAAUUGUAGAUUAUCUUUGGAGGAGGAGCUGGAAGUUUUGCAAGCUUUUCCCCAUUUUGUAAAGGAUAGUCCCGAAUUAAAUAACCGUCUUAAUUUAGUGAUUUCAGCUUUUGAAAAGAGGAAAAAAUCUUCAAAGGAGAAUUUAAAAUCUUUUAAAGGAGAAAAGACAGGAGGUAUUACUGAGACUGAUCUAGAAAUGAUUGAAUUUCAGCUUUUUAAUCCUCAAAUUCCUCAGAUUGAUGACUUUGAUAGUUGGAUGGAUAUUUCCUGUAUUGGGAUCUCAGAAUCUGGAGGAGUUUCUAACAUUAAUAAUCCUGUUUCCUCUUUAUGGGAGAAUCUUUCAAAUACUAUAGGAGCUUUGAAUCUUCCUCCAGUAAUUAAUAACUCAGGAGGAUCAUCAGAAAGUGGAUAUUCUGUGGAUUAUGGGAUGAAUGGAACUCGAAAAACUUUUUCAAAUGGACAAAUAGGAUACAAAAACGAGAGGUUGGUCUCAGGAGAAGAUGCUACCGAGUUUUUAAUCAAAUUCUUAGGCAGAUCAACCCUUUCAAAGAUGAUUUCCAGUGCAAUUUCUGCAACGGUAUCUGGAAUUUCGGGCGGGGUGGCAGCUGCAGCAGCUGCAGCUGCUGCAGCAACAGCUACCAAUUCUACAUCAUUGAACCAAUUUGGACAAAACUUCCAAAUUAGCACUUCUGGUGGCCCCCUUCCCAUAGAUAUUCCUUUUGCCCAAAAUAAUUCGAGUUCUUUUGUCUCUAAUACUGGAGGAGGAAGAGGAAAUUCUCCAGUUUACUUGUCAGACUGGAUAUUCAUCUACGAACUGCUUACAGGACAAUUCCCCAUGGAGGUACUUCCGGGAGAAUCAACACAUGUGUGGGGAGUACUUUUAGCAAGAUCUCUUCCAGCUUGGGACUGGAAAUCUCCAAACAUCUUGGUUUCAAUCUUGAGACUACUUAUACUUAACCCAGGCUUAGCUUUAAGCUCAAGAAUGCCACGCUUUUCAGAAGAAUUGAAAAAGAAUAAGCUUCAAAUUGGGACCGUAUUAAAAUCUCAAGAAUGUUUCCAAACUUUGAUUAGAGAUGCAUCUUUGAUUCUAACUCACGAGUAUAAAACUGGAACUCUGGUUACCCAUUCUAAAUACUAUUCAACAAAUACUUCAAAAAGUUCUAAGAAUUCAAUUUCAACUUUCUUCUCUUCCUUGUUUACUCCAAGCGUGGGAAAAAUAACACAGGAAAACUCAAUUAAAGCCUGGACAAUUUCUCCUGAGUCUCGUAUAUCAAGAUGGAGUAUUUCUUUGACUAGGGGGAAUUAUAACUGUGAAGAAAGAAAACUUGGAUGCAUUGGAUCUUCUGGUUGCCAUAUAAAUAAACAAGAUCUACUUUGUUACUCAAGAUCACCCAUAUAUGCAGCUCAAAACAUGGACAAAUUUUUAAUUCCAGUUCAAAAAGACCCAAAUAUUUCACAACCAAAUAUUAAUAAUAGUAAUAAGCAAGAGAUGGAUCUGAUUUAUGAUCUGCCUGGGAUGCUAUUCUCACAUCCAAUAAGCAAAACUACUAUUGGGAAAUCUUCUUUAGAGAGAUAUAGAAAUGAUAUAAAAGAAUACUCCAGUAUGAUUUCUAAGAGAAAGGAUUUUUAUAUUUUAGGAAUUAACUAUCAAAAGCUUUUUUCUGCCUUUUGCCAAUAUCACGGCAUAACAGAAACCGGUACUGGAAAUGGAAAUCGAAAUGAAAGCGUGUUUUCAAGUGGAAAUAGUUUUGAAACUAAUAGUGAGAGAAAAAGCUCAGGUAUUAGGUGGGAGGAGAUUAGACAAGGUAUUAUGGACUUAAGGAUGCUUUUGUUACAGCUCUAUUUCAAGGACGGGCAAUUCAUAGACUCAGCUAUAUCAAGACUUAAUGAAAUUGCCAAUUGUAAUACAAAGAUUAUGAGCCAGGAUAAGAAUAUCAGUAGAAAUGAGAAGGAUUGGUUUUUGUAUUGGUCUAGCUGUUUUGGAAAGCUCUGUGGGAAAGAGCCAAUAUUGCAUUUUGACUUCUUGGUCUCCCAACUAAUGAGCUCAAAUUCCCAAACUGAUAUUAAGAAAUUAAGUCUAUUUGUAAGCGAUGAAGAUAUUGAAGUAAUUCAUUCACUAACUGCAGCUACUAUGAUGAGUGUAAAUAGAAGAUCUCAGGUAAGCAAUGCUUUAAUUCAGCUUAGAGAUAUUAUUUGCUUCCUCUCUAGUAUCCAAGAUGAAUACAGACUUAGAGAAAGUGGAAUUUCUAGCCAAAAUGGUUUGGCUUUAAAUGUAUCUUCUAAUACUCAAAAAGGACUCAGAUGGUUAGAAAGAAGUCUGGUUUCAUUAGAAAUGAAACUCAGAAAUGUAGCUAGAGUGCUUUCUUCUGAGAGACAUUAUGUAAGACUAAUGGAUAAGAAAAGUGGAAAAGAGAUAGUUUCUAAGCAAGAUCUUGAACAAUCCAAAACAGAGAAUGUAGUAGCAUUAUAUGAUCCCAGAUUUUUAGUCUUUGAGUUUGCUUAUAGUAUUUUAUUAAGAAAAGAUCAAGUGGAACUAAUCCACAAAUUAUACAACUCUGCAACCAAAGGGAGGAGUAUUUGCCAUCAAAUGAUUAUGGGAGCUGGGAAAACUACUGUUAUAUCUCCUUUGUUAUCCUUAUUAUUAGGAGAUUCCCAAAGAUUGGUAAUACAAAUUGUUCCCCACGCUUUACUUGAGUUUACUAGAGAUGUACUUAGAUCUAGAUUCUCUUGUAUAGUCAAGAAAAGAAUUCUUAAGUUCCAAUUCAACAGGAAUUCCAUAUGUACUUCUGAAUUAUAUAGGAAGCUUGUUCAUGCUAAAGAACAAAAAGCUAUUAUUUUGUGUCAUCCAACUUCCGUUAAGUCCUUAUUCCUAAAAACAAUCUUUUUAUUUAGGAUUCUAAGGUACUGGAAUAAUGAUAUUGCUUCCUCUUCUGGACUUAAAAUGGCUCUUAGGUAUAUCUCUAUUUCUGCUAAUAUUAACAAGAACAAACUUGUUGGGAUUCUUGAUAAAGGAGGAUCUUCUAUUAAACAGAUCUUGAAAUUUGGGAGCUCUGGAAAAGAUAAUCAACAUUCUUUAAAGGCUUUUAAAAAGAGAGAAAUAAGAAAUGCCAGAUCACAGGAGAUCUCAUCCAAACUUGUAAGUACUUUAAGUAAUGAGGAUAAAGAGGAGCUUUAUUUACAAUACAAGAAAGAAUUGGACUUAUGUCUUAGAAUCUUACAUAUAUUUAAACAUGAGUCUGUAGUAAUUGUGGAUGAAAUUGAUAUGAUCUUACAUCCUUUAAAAUCCGAACUUCAUUGGCCUAUUGGAGAAAAGAUUCCACUAGAUCUAUCUGGUGAUGUUAUUUUCCCAGAUAAUACAGACGGAAAUGAUCAUUUUGGAUCAAGACAAAUUCUAGAUCAUGAAUAUAAUGGCAAUAGUAAUGGUUCUUAUGGUACAGAUUCUACAGGAAUGAGAUGGUUAAUCCCGUGGUAUUUAAUUGAAUCUUUACUUACAAAACCAAACCAGAUUAGCCUAUUAAGCAAUGACCGAAUGCUCAAAAGUGGUUCUGUAGUGGGUAUACUAAUAAAGAUACAAUCUAAAAUAGAAUCUGGGAUCUCUAAAAGAAGUGUCCAAAGCAAUCCUCACCUUGUAUUCUUGGAUGAGGAGUAUUACGAAAAAGAGAUUAGACCUCUCUUGAUCCGCUGGAUUAUCUUUGUAAUCAGAUUACAUAAGUUUUCGGGUCUAUCUGACGAGCUUUGUGAACUCUACUUUAACAGUAGAGGAUCAUUAAGAACAGGAGUAUCAGAAGGUAGUAAUAAUUUUGUUGGUGAUGUUAAUUUUAAUAUUAAAAGAGGAUCUGGAGAAAAUCCAAGAGAUCUAAAAAUGUCGAGCUUGAUCUCGAGACUGGACCAAUUAGAUGACUUAAGCAUGAAGCUUCUCAAUCUAAGUAAGGACUGGGUAAAUGAAUACCUUCCUCAUAUCUUCCAGCUUGUUCAUAGAGUAUCAUAUGGUUUGUUGGAUGAAUCUACAUCUGGAGUAUCUAGAAGAGAUUGGCUGGGACGAAGAUUUCCAGAUGUAGGCACUGGCCAGUCUGCAUUAGUAGGAAGUGAGCAAACUCCUCCUCUAACCAGACAUUUACUUUCCAUUCCUUUCAUUGGAAAAGACACUCCCUCUAUAGCUUCUGAAUUUAGCCAUCCAGAUAUAGUAAUAGGUCUGACCAUUUUGUCAUAUAGAUACAAUGGACUUAGGAGGAAUGAUAUCUACCAUUUACUAAAUUCACAAAAGAGAUCUUGUGAGAGUGGAUUUGGACAACUAAAAGACAGACCUAGUGUUCUUGAAUUUAACAAGUGGGUAAAACUUUCAGGAGGAAGAGUAAGAGGUACAAAAAGAGAUCAACUAAAAAGUAUUAUCUCCUCCUUACAUUCUAAUCCUCAAAAUUCAGCUAAGAAACAUCCAACUCCUGAUCUAAUUAGUAAUUUGGAAAGCCCUAGUAGCCAAACUAUAAAAGGUAACCAGAAAUCUUCUCAAAUAUCUCUUCAAUGUUGUCGGGCGUCACAAAUUGAUCAGAUAUGUUUACUCUGGCCAUUAGAUGUGAUUAAUUUGGAAGAUCAAGAACAAUUGGAACAGCUUUAUGGACUUCUUAGACUUCAACCUUUAGCUAUUAAAGCCUUCUUGGGAAGAUUAGUAUUCCCAGAGCUGUUGGAAUAUAGUGAAAAACAGCUUUCAGCUUCAGGCCAAGAAAUUGGCGGGGAAAUGCUUUUCUCUACUAGGCUUGGAUUUUCCGGUACUCCUAGUGAAUUACUUCCAGUAGAACUUGGAAAAUGUGAAUAUGAGAAGGGAAGUGAUGGAGAAAUGAUUCAUUAUCUUACUAAUGGGGCAAUAGUUUCUUCUAUAGAGAUUUUAGAUGUUGACUGGACUGUUAGAAAUUUCUUGUUGGAUAUAUGUACAUGCAGAGACAAGGAGGUGCAUGCAUUAAUAGAUUCGGGAGCUUUCAUUACAGGAUUAUCAAAUGUACAAGUUGCAGAAUUUUUACUUAGAAAUGGUCUUAAAGAUAUUGAUGCAGUUGUUUUUAUUGAUGAAAGAGAUAAACAGAUGAUCAUGUUAAGAGAUGGAUUUAGAAUUAUUGAGAUCUCACAAUGUGGGGUUUCUUUAGAAAGAAGAUUUGCUUUUUAUGAUCACGUUCAUUCUAUUGGACAAGAUAUUAAACAUACUCCUCUUGCUAAGGCAAUUCUUACAGUAAGUAAGGAUAUGGUUUUUAGAGACUUUGCACAAGGAGCAUACAGAAUGAGACAACUUGGGCAAGGACAAACAAUUCACAUAGUAUUACAGGCUCAAGUUGCUGAUCUCAUUGAGAAAAAUGCUUUAAUUUGCAGGAUGAUUUCUGAGAGGAAUUUAUUCACAAAAUCUGAUGGAUCAUGUGGAGAUUGUAGAAACUUGAUCUCUGAUUCAUCUGAUUUGAUUUCUUUAAGAGGCAGUUUUGGAAUUCCUAAUCCCCUUUUAUUUUUAAGAUGUCUCUGUGGUUGGCUUCUUAUUCAAAGUAUAACUAAAGAGUUUGAACAAAGCCAACUUCUUUGUGUUCAGUCUUUAGAAAAUAUUUGGAGGAAAAAAUCUUUUAGAAGAAUGGUGAAUGAGCAUGUUCAGUGGGAGGAGGACUGUAACUCUAAUAGAAAAGAAGAUAAGUUGGUUGAUGUGUUUGUUGAGAAGCUUUCCUUUGAAAUUCCAAAUACCAUUCCAUUCAACGUUUCUAUUAAGGACCAACUUAGAAGCAAGCUUUUGGAAAAUCAUGAUCUCUUUGUUAAAGACUCUGGAUUCUCUGCCUCUGGUGUUAAUUCUUAUACCGAAGUUGGAGGAUCUGAAGGCAGACUAGCAGAUGAUCUUCUUGGACAGCUUGAGGAAAUGAAUCUUUACAGAGGUCACCAAAUUGAGAGAGUUGGUGGAUUUGACCGUGAAAUGGAAAAGGAACUUGAAAUGGAAAUGGAGAUCUAUCAGGAACGAGAACUAGAACAGGAAAAAGAGCAGGAAAAACAGCAAGAAAAACAACAAGAAACAGAAAAUGCAAAUCUUAAUAUAAAGUGGGCCAAACCUAGUUUGGAUGUAAGCCGAGAUUUCUGGCCAUUUGAAGCUCUUCUAGAUGGAAACACGAUGCUUGUUCUUGGGGUAGGAGCUGGAAAUGGAACAGGGUUAAAAGUUGGUACAGAAGCUGGAGACAGAGCUGGAAGCGGAUUGGAGACAAAACAAACUUCGAGUAACAUCACAGGUGGAAUCCAUCGUCAGGCUUCUAACUCUUGUCAAAAUCUGGAAAAGAUCUUUCUCCCUCUUAGUGAAUAUAAUGUAGUGAGCUCCACAACAAACAACAUUACAGCUUCCAUUGAUUUCCCAAACCACCUGAGAUUUACAUCAAAUCUAUAUAAUCCAAACAUCGCGAGAAAUUACUCGAGCAAUUCAAACAUCCAGCAAAGGCUCAAUAACUUAAACAUAAUUAUAGAGUGGGAGACUCAAUCUAAAUAUGAUGAUGGGAAUUCAAUCAAAAAUAACCUCCCCAAGGACUAUCUUGUUCAACUUAAAGAAGCAUUUGCAGUAUUUGAUGGAGAUUCUUCUGGAAAAAUCAGUCUGGACGACAUUCCUGAUCUUAUUAAAACUCUUAAUUGGGUAGAAAACGUGAAUUUGUUUGAGAAGGAGAUACUUAAACAUCUGCGACUAAAACUGAAAUUCAAGCCAAAACCGAAAAUAACAAGCCAAAAUAACAUUAAUCUCUGCAAAGGAAAAGAGUUUUCUCUUUCUUUAAAUGAAAAAGAUAAGAUGAUCAAAACUGUAAAUAACUUACUCAGUGUUGAAAGUGAAUUUGAUAUUACUGGUAAUAAAACUGUAGGUGAAAUAGAAUCUGGAGGAAUAUUGCCACAGGAAGACAUACUAAACUUUAUUAAUGACCACCCUUGGGAGAACUCAAGUAAUAACAUGGAAAAUGGUAAACUUAUGGAGAUGGAUUCCAGUGAAUUAAUCUUGGAGAGUAGUUACCUUCAAGAAGAAGAAAAGAAGAUGAAUAUAGACUUUGAAGAAUUAUAUGAUGUUUUAAAUUCUGUAUUAAAUACCAACUCAAACAAAUGUUAUAUUGGAGUAACCUUAGAAGAAGCUCAAUCUAUUAGAUGGCUUAUGCAUAGAAUAUGCUCAGAUUGUGACAGUGGAGAAACUCUGAGAAAGAGAUUAAACCCAAAUAUGAACAAAUUAUUUAGUAUUAAAAUUUACCAUCUCUCUAAUACUCUUCUUUUGUUGGAUGAGAUGAAUAAUAAAAUGAUAUCCCAAUUGUACAAUAAUAAUAAUAAUAAUAUCAAGAAACCAAUAGAUUUCCUAGAAAGAGGAAACCAGGGAAUAAUACCAAAUACUGUAGAUAAUAAUGAACAGGAAAAUAAUAUUGAAAAGAUUAACUUGUUGGAGCUACAAGCUCAGUCAAUCUACAAAUUUGUAAACUCUGAGAGUAUUUUCACAAGACAAGAAAUGAGUACUGUUGUUAGAACUCUUCAAAAUAGCCAUUGCAAGCUCAGGAAAGACUUUUAUGUGAAUAUUAGAAAAUGUAGAAGGCGUAAAAGAGAAAAUGAAACCAAUUUCUUGGAGAAUAAUAAUCUUUUAUCUGUAAUAUUCACAACCCCAAAUGAAUCAGCAAUCCUACAAUGUAGAGGAUUAGCAAGUAGGUUAUCUUCCCGACUGGAUAAAUACAAUAUGACCAUAAUAGACUUCUUUAAAGCAUUAGAUAAGAACCAAACUGGAACCAUCUCAUCUGUAUACUUGUAUGCAUCUUUGGAGUCACUAAAAAUAGCUCCUAAUCCUCUGGAUUAUUCAAGGAUUAUUCACUUUAUUUUUGGAAAUAAUCAACCAGACUUUGGAGGAGACUUAAAUUCUUUUUAUCAUAUCCCAAUUUCUCAAGAAAACUUUAUAAAAGCUUUUUCUACUAAUAGAAGCUGUAAUAGUUCUUUUAAUUGCAAAUCAGAAGAAGAAAGCUCAGUACCAAUAAGUAAUAAUAUUGGAAUGUCAGUUAUACCAAAAAUAGAUGAAUCUAUUAUUGCUCAAGCUGAAAUAAAACUUAGGAAUAACAUAAACAUUUAUAGAGAUUCUUUUAAUGAUGAGCUCAGAUUUGGAAUAGGAGGUUUUCAAUAUUUUGAUUCCGUAUUUCUUUCAAGACUGAAAUGUAAGUUGAAUCUUCAUAGUAAUUUCCAAAAAGUCUUUGAAAUUCCUGGAGUGAUAACCAUUUGGAACCCAGAUCAACUGGAAGGAAAAUACAGAGGUGUAAUGAAAAAGAAUAAAGAAAGAAUCUGCCUUGGACAAUAUGGAAGUGGAAACUAUGGUAGUAUUAAUGGAAACUUUCAGUCUCAAAUACUUGAAAUAACUGAUAAUAACUCUUCAAGUAUGUCAGAAAGCUCAGAGCUGAAAAAGUUUAUUAAUAUUGUUUUUCCGAAUCCAAAGAAAUUUAAACCAAUUUUCAGAGGAUCUCUUUUAAUACCAAAUACAAAUAUGGAAACUGGAAUCUUCACAAUAUGGAAACCUAUUCCUCCAUCAAGCCAAUUUGUAUCAUUGGGAGUUAUUGUAACAAAAGGAGACGAAAUUCCUUCUUUAAAUACAAUCAGAUGUAUUCCGGUCCAUUGGUGUAGAAUAGUCAAUUAUAGAGAUUUACCUUGUAUUGGAUCCCUUUACCAGAAACAAACAUCAGGACAAAUUAUUAAUGAAAAUAAAAUAUCUAAAGCUGUAAUCCACCCAGUAUCAUUUUGUCUUACAUCAAAUUUGCAAUUGCUUGGAGCUGUAGUUAAUAUUAAAAGUCAUGGCCACUCUGAAAAUACAAACGUCUCUGGAUCUUUUAUAAACAAAGACCAAUUUCUCCAAAUAUAUAAUAAGCUUUACAUCCCUGCAGAUGAAAAGAUUGCAAGUAUUCUCAAUUAUCGUGAAGUGUUGGAUAGAAAUACCUUGUUUUCAAGACUAUUCUGGCUUGAUAUAGCUUACUCUGAAAUUUCAUUCCACUAUAUCGAUAAUAAUUAUAAUGAUAACAGUAUUAACUUUAAAAAUAAUGAAACAAUGGGUCCUCAACAACCCAAAUCCAUCCCUCAAAUCAUUCACUGCUCGUAUUUGAUCCCCCAAGUUUCGAAUAAAAAGAAUCAAAUACCUAGCCAAAACCCAAUUUCACUUUUUGGGAUUUAA